AACUCAGAAAAUAAUUGGUUAGAGGGAACUUGGAAGUGAGCAACAAACUUUUCGUUUGCGGUAUCGUGUGCUCCUCUACUGAAACGAUGAGCUUCCAUCUCUUCACCAAAGCUUGCCGGCAAAGCCAAGCGAGAAACCGAACCGCGUUUUCCUCUCUUGUUUCACGCUCUUUCUCUCAGCGAUCUGAACCACGGCCUUCAUUCGGCAUUGCGUUCGACAUUGACGGUGUCAUUCUGCUCGGAAACUCCCCCGUUGGUGGCUCUCCGGGAGCCCUCAGAAGAUUAUACGACGCCGACGGUAGACUGAAAAUCCCUUUCGUUUUCCUCACAAAUGGUGGUGGCUUUCCUGAAGCUACAAGAGCAUCUGAGCUGAGUCAACUUUUGGGUUUAGACGUCUUACCUUCACAGGUUUUACAGGGCCAUUCACCAUUUAAACAAUUGGUCAAUAGAUUUGAGAAUAAACUCAUUGUUGCUGUAGGAAAAGGGGAACCUGCUGCUGUGAUGUCUGAAUAUGGUUUUAAAAAUGUUCUUUCAAUGGAUGAAUAUGCAUCAUGCUUUGAAAACAUUGAUCCAUUGGCAACCUACAAGAAAUGGACGACCAAGCUGGCUACUACUCAUGAGUGUGCGUCAAGGAAUGAUGUCUUAUCUGAAAGGGUUCGAGCAGCAUUCAUAGUCAGCGAUCCUGUUGAUUGGAGCAGGGACAUACAGGUUCUCUGUGACAUCUUAAAAUCAGGAGGCCUUCCUGGAAGAAACAUUGGACAGCAGCCACAUUUAUAUUUUGCAAAUGAUGACCUUGAGUACCAGACUAAAUUUCCUUCUGAACGUCUGGGCAUGGGAGCUUUCAGGAUUGCACUAGAAUCUAUCUUCAAUAGGAUUUCCCCUCAUUCCCUGGAGUACACAUGUUUUGGAAAACCUCAUCCAUCUGUAUUCAAGAAUGCAGAAAAUGUGUUACAACAAUUCGUGCCAUGUGUUGAUCUCAAUGAUUUUAAUAAUAAAAAUGCUCAAUAUUUUCAAACACUUUAUAUGAUUGGAGAUAAUCCUGCAGUUGACAUUAGAGGUGCACAGCAGACUGGGCAUCCUUGGUUUUCUAUUCUCACAAGAACUGGAGUUUUCAAAGGGAAGGAAAAUCAUGACAAAUUUCCAGCAGAUCUGGUUGUUGAUACUGUAGAAGAAGCUGUGGACUUCAUCUUGACAAGGGAAUCCGCUUCAUAAAUCCCAUCAGCUUUACAUGGCGAAGGCUCUGAUUUUUUAAGGAGGAAGAUUCUUAAAAGAUGAUAUUUGAGUGAUCAAUAAAGAAUGGAAUAAUUUAAGGCUUAUUCCUGCCAUUCAUUUGAUGACAAGUUGCACUAUGAAACAUUGGAUUAAAUUGGUUUUUAUUCAUUCUA